AAGUUAAUUAGAGUUAACUCCCUUAUAAGACAUAACCAAUAUGGCGCUUCCUCCCAAACUUGAUACUUCGGCUGCUACUAAGGCCCAGCUUCAUCAGAACCAGCCGUAUGAUGAAUCUCUGGAGGUUCCUGAUGCUGAUGAUGUUCCUAGUACCUAUACUCCAACACCAAGAUCACAUAAUCCUCUUGGUCGGAUUCCAAACCCUGGCAUUGACCAGUCUGGGAGUCCCCACUUACUGGCCACCUCGACUGAUGAUGCCAAGAAGCUUCUUGGUAAAUCUUUAGGCAGAAGCAGUAAUUUAUCUGAUGAUGAUGAUGAUGGUUCUGAUCUGAGUGAUGAUGACGAUGACGAUGAAGAAGUACAUAUUGAAGGAGCAUAUGAUCCAGCUGAUUAUGAUAAUCUCCAGGUGAGCUCGGAUAUUAAAGAUUUAUUUGAAUAUAUCUCAAGAUAUUCUUAUCAAGUGAUUGAAUUGGAACACAAACUGAAACCUUUUAUUCCUGACUUCAUUCCAUCAGUAGGGGACACUGAUGCAUUCAUUAAGAUACCAAGACCCGACAUGAAACCUGACAUGGUUGGUCUGACUGUUUUAGACGAGCCUUGUGCUGCACAGUCCGACCCAACAGUGCUUGAUCUACAAUUGAGGACCAUUUCAAAACAGACAACUGCUAAGCAGAUGGUUGUGAAAAGUCUAGAACAAGCUGAAAAAGACCCAAAGCAGAUUGAUAACUGGAUCCAGAAUAUUGAUAAAUUACAUCGAUCAAAGCCACCACCCAAUGUACAUUACACCAAGAAUAUGCCUCCAAUAGACAGCCUGAUGCAGGAAUGGCCAUCCGAGUUGGAAGAAUUACUUAAAGAAGUGUCAUUGCCGAGUGCCAGUAUGGAUACCAGCUUGGCUGACUAUAUUCGAGCUAUUUGUUGUAUAUUAGACAUACCAGUGUAUCAGACCAGCCACAACAAUGAUAUGAUCCAAGCUCUCCAUGUUCUCUUUACUUUGUACAAUGAAUUCCAGAAUUCUCAACAUUUUCAGACAUUGGCCCAGGAAUACAAAAUGAAGAAAGAAGCCAAUCCCAAUGAACAAUUAGUCUUGGAGGGAGAUAAUGAAGCUCCAAAUGGCAAUUAAUCACCAAAGAAAGACAUAUAAUAGAUUUAUUAUUUUGCAAUAUUCAAAGAUGUUAAAUAGUAAACCAGGUUUUUAUUAACAUUACAGGGGCCUUACUACCAAAGAUAAGAAGCUGGAGGAGAGUUCGAUAAAGUUUAAUGAUGACUGGCUACUGAAGUUGACCACAAACUGCUACAAGUUUAUUGAUGUAGAUCAUCACUAGUUUCUUUACAUGGUAUCCUCGUAAGCAACAGUUUGCUCUCAUCAACCACCUUCCUGCCAUUUACAUAAAACUGUUUUAUUUUUACUUCCUUCCAUUUCUCUCUCAAUAAUUUACAUCCGUUCUGCAAACAAGAAUGAAACACUUUCCUUUCUUCUCAACUUAUUUCCUAAUUAGAGGCCUUUCUAAACCACACUUUCAUCUCAACCACCUACCUUACAUAAGUUCCCAUUUCACUACAUUUAUAGAAAUGAAUCCAUCCAUUUGUUUUAACAUUAUUAUUUCAGUUGACUUUCCAUCUGAUCCAACCUCACUGAUAUUUAUGAAAUAAAUUAUUCUAGAACUUCCUGGAA